GCUAACGAGGGUUAACCUAAAAAAAAUUAAAUAACAAUGUAAUGUAAAAUCAAGACAGUUUUGUGUUUUAGUUUAUUAAAAAACAUCUUUAGUGCGGGAACGUUUUAGGAUUUUUAAGAGAAAUGAAUUUGCUGCCAAGGACCCGAAAUCAGUUCAGCGACAAGGAUUAUUGGGACGCUUUUUUUAAGAAGCGUGGUAACAAAUCGUUUGAAUGGUAUGGAGAAUAUCCAGAAUUAUCCAAUCACUUGCACAAAUACGUGAAAACACAGGACAAUAUUUUGAUAGCGGGUUGCGGCAAUUCCACAUUAGGCAGAGACUUAUAUGAUGUGGGAUGUAGUAAAGUCAUCAACAUUGAUUUAUCCAAACUGGUAAUCAAGCAAAUGCAACAGCAAACCGACAAGGACCGACCUGGUUUACAGUACAUCGAAAUGGACGUAUUAAACACUUCGUUUAAGAAUGAAGAAUUUAGCGUAAUCAUUGAUAAAGCAACAAUAGACGCGUUGAUGCCCGAUGACUCAGAGGAAUCUGUGAAAAUAAUCAAGCAGUACUUUGAGGAGAUCCAAAGAAUAACCAAAAAUAACGGACGAUACGUUUGCAUAUCCCUAUUGCAAGACUAUGUCUUGCAACAGUUGUUGGAUUUUUUCCCGAAAAACCACUGGAUGUUUCGCGCGGUGCGCUGUUUCGAGCCGGAGCAAAAGGCCCAAGAAAACGGCGAGAGCAGCAUGCCGAUCUUUAUGGUAGUUUGCACCAAAUUCAAAUCUCUACCUCGACAGAUUUUGGAAGUCAACCUAUGCAGAGAAGAUAAAAUGUUCAGAUGCCAAUCCUGUGAAGAAGUGCAACAGCAAAUUGUUAGAGCUCAACGAGCUGCGUUUGUUUGUUCUUCCUUGCAAAAAACCAGAAUCGGGGACAAAGAUCAAAUUGAGAUGAUGGUGUAUGAUCAAGCCGAUCAGAAUCAGCCAAGAUACACCAUUCACAUUGUGGAAAUCCCACCUCUGCCAAAGAACGGAGCCUUUGCAGUGUUUGUUGUACCUGAGGGAAGAGAAGCUGAAUGGCUGUUUUCUACAGAAAGCGGGCGAAAUAAUUUGGCGUCAAUGACCAACCACAAUCGACUGGCGAUUGUGAGCAUGCACAGAGGGCAAAAGUACGAAUCUCUGAAUGCUGUUCAACUAGAAUUGGAAUACAUUAUUCAAAAUCUGGCCCCAUCAACUAUAGGAAAUAGCAAGAUUCCCUGCCUCUCAUUAUGCACUGAUCUAGGAAAGCGCACAGUGAGACACGAAGGCUCUUCACCACUUUCAGGCGACUACAUUGUAGAAGACGUGGAACACGACGAUGGCCAAAAGUUCCGAAGACUAUUCUAUCUCAGCUCCCAGCUGGUUAUUCAAUCUGAAGCCAAAAUCAAAACAAUAACAACCCGAGGACGGAAGAAAAAAGACGUUUUGGAUCUGUUGACUUUAACAUGCCAGCAUCACGUCUAUAUGAGCAUCGCAACCUGCCUGACUGUAAAAGACAAAGGCGACGUGGUGGUUUUGGGCUUGGGUGGCGGAGGCUUGUGCUCAUUUUUGCAUAAAUUCCUGCCAAAUUGCACAAUUACUGCGAUCGAAAUCGAUCCGGAGAUGCUGAAAAUUGCCACCGAAUGGUUCGGUUUUGCUCCCGACGACAAGCUUAAAGCGACCAUCCAGGAUGGGUUGGACUUUAUCAGGAACUUGCAGAAACAAGGUAAGCAAGUGGAUGCCCUUUUGUGCGAUGUGGACAGCAAAACUUCGGACGUUGGAAUGAGCUGCCCUCCAGAAGAAUUCUUAAGCUCGCAAAUAUUGGAAAGUGUCUCCAAAGCAAUCGCUAGCAAAGGAGUUUUCAUCGUAAAUAUUGUCCUAAGGGAUCAAUCGUUGCGUGGCGGAAUUGUCGCAACCCUGAACCACGCAUUCAAAAAAGUACUUUCGUACAAGCUUGUGGAAGACCUGAAUGAGGUGUUUAUAUGCAGCAACAUGGAAGUGAGCGAACAGCACAUCAAAGAUAGCUUAAAGAGAGGAACUGAGGCUAUUAAUCAGUUCUUCCGCAAAAAUAGGGUCACAGAAGAAGUGGAUAUUGUUGAAUAUUUGAACAACUUGCAAAUAAACAAUUAGCGGUUGGAAA